CACCUGCCGAGGGAUUAAGCACCAGUUAACGCUGAACCACCAACAUGAAGUUCGUGAUCCUUGCCUGUGUUGCUGCCGUGGCUGUCGCCGCUCCCCAGUACAGCUAUGGGUUUCCUUCUGCUGAGUCUAGCGAGGAAGUCGCUGCUCCUCAGACCAGCUAUGGCGCUCCUCGUGCUGCGUCCAGCGAGGAGGUCGAGUUCGUGCCAAUCCUUAGGGACGACCGCGUCCACGAGGAAGAUGGAACUUACAACUUCGACUUCGAAGCUGCCAACGGCAUCCGUUUCUCUCAGGCUGGAUCCCCCGACGGUGAUGAGGACGCUGUGAUCAAGGCUGGAGAAUAUUCAUACACCGCUCCUGACGGCACUGAAGUCCAUGUCAAGUACGUCGCCAACGAGAACGGCUUCCAGCCCCAGUCCGACGUCCUGCCCGUGGCUCCCGCGUUCCCCCACCCGAUCCCUCAGUUCGUCCUCGACCAGAUCGCCUUCGCCGCCAAGGAGGACGCCGCCCGCGCCCGUGCCGGUGAUGAUUCCGACGAAGUUGCCGCCCCAUCCACUUUCUACGGCCGCCCCAACUAAAUUCACACCUGAACGAAUGUAUUUAUUCUAUUUAUGAUUGAAAUAGAAUUUUCAUAAUGA